AUGGCGUCCAGAACGGCCAGAGUGGCGCAAACGGCUGCAGCGGUCACCACACCGCCCAAACGCACAAAGAGCGCCUUUAGUGAAGGAGAGAAGCAAGCGUUGCUGCAGAAUUUCGAUCUCGAAGUGCAAGACAAGGUCGCCUACUUUCGCUCGAUGCUGGCUCAAACGCUCGCUUCUUUCCACAUGCGCGAAGAAACAGAGAUCCUUGCUAUUCCUCGCGAUUUGCGUGGUCUGACAUUGAGAGAAUUGGAAAACAAAUGGGGAGGAGGAUGGGCUGGAACGCUACAUCGGAUAAAGACAGAGAGAUUUGAAGUGGAACAGAAGAAGAGGGAAGAACAAGAGGAGAAGGAUAGAGAUGAAGUUGUAAAGGGCAAGAGAAAACGCAAUGCUACCGCGUCAUCUAGGGGAAAUUCCCCUACACGUUCAACCAAGAAUCGCAAGUCAGCUCGUCACGAGGCGCAUACAUCAGCUUCCAAGACUCCUGCUUCUCACGGAGCUUCUUCUACCACUCGGGGUAAGGCCACGGCGAGCAAGAGAUCAACUCGAGCCCAACCUUUGUCUGCCUCCAAAGCGACUAGUUCGCUUCCUCAAGACCAUGUCUUCAACCCCACCCUUCCACCAACGCCCUACCGUUCUCAACCCUCCCCUCUAUCCCACUCAUCACAUCCUUCCCGCGCCCGCGCUCGAUCCAACGCAUCAGAAAGCGGAUCCUCAUCUGGAGAAUCUACAGAGCAGGAUGAGUCGGAUGACGACGACCUACCAGAUCCCGAGGCUAUAGAGGCGCGUUUGCUAGCAAAGGAGAGGUCCCCGGGAUCAAAGAGCAAGUCAAAGAAGAAGAGGGCGCCAUCUCUCAUCUUCCGGCAAUCGCUUGGUCCAGGCGCAAUUGCGCCCAAGACUCCGGGACCGUCGAGGAUGGUAGAGGAUUCGGACGAGCCAUUGGCCACGAUUGAGCUGUCUGAUGGACGUACCAUCAGUUUCAACCCAUUCUCGUUGACGCCAGGCAGAGUAGAAAUGGAGCUAGAAGAAGGCGGCGUGAGUAAGGAGGAGAAGGCCCGAGUGCAGAAUCAGGUGCACACUGAAGUUCUCAAGUGUCUGCAGGCGAGGAUGGAGAAGUGGAAGGUGUAG